AUGAUAGAAAAACGAGAUUUGGAUUAUUUAUUUGAUAUUUUCUAUUGUCCAGAAACUAUCAUUAAGGAAGGUAAAUUCACAGCUGGUCCAGGUUAUGAAGAUAUUCAAAGAGAAAUAGAUUUAUUUGGCGUUGAAAUUGAACGAAUCCGUGUCCAACAAGGGUUGUCAAUCGAGAAAUUUUGCUGUGAUUUCAGAUCAAAACAUCAUCAGAGUGUAUUUGAACAAAAAAUAAGAGAAAGAACUGGAAUCAAAAGAAGAAUCAGUUUACGCGACUUUUUUCCUUUUAAGCGGGAAGAAUUCCCAAAGUUGUACGAAGUUGUGUGUUGCUGUAUUGCAAUAAUACCAAGUUCUGCGUGUAUUGAAAGGUACUUUUCAAAUGUCAAAUUUGCCCUAAGAGCCAAUUUAAAAAUUGAAACACUUUUUGCAAUGCUUCAGGAAGCACUUGGCAGUUAUCGAGAGAAGACUUCAAUUUCUUUAAAUUGA